GCCAAAUUUAUGUGGCUUACUUAUUGACAUACAUUAAAUUCUUUAAAAUAUUUUAUCAGAAUUAAUCAGUAAAAUGAGGUUGACGCAUCCCUAGAUGGAAAGUUUGAUCACGUGACUUUUGUAAAUAAAUGGCCGCCGUAAAUUCACCAGAAAAUUAUUUAUUCUUAUAUUUUCUGUAAUUUAGUCAAGAUAUCUUCGAAGGAAACGUGCAUACAAAUAAGAAGUUCUGGAUUGAAUACAUUAGGAACCAAAGAGCAUAAUAUACCCUUUAGCAACAAAGCACAACAUAGUGAUACUCAAUGAUGCACUGGAUGAUGUGGACAGUGAAAUAGCUGAACUCAGAAAUUACAUGAAGCACUGUAGUAUUGUGACUAAUAUUGGACAAAUAUAGCAGGUGCAAUAUGUCAAAAGUACGACAGGUUGCUUUACUCCCUGCUGGCUGUCAGCCAUGGAACACCGAUGUCUGUGAUGCUAGCGGAGAAAGGUUCGCCUACUCUGCAACCUUGGCUAUCUAUAUAUACCAGCUCGAUCGCAAAUUCAAUGAAUUUAAGUUACACUCAGUGAUGUCAGAACACAAGAAAACAAUAACUGCGAUAUCCUGGAAUCCCCGUAACCCAGACAUUUUAGCAAGCACAGGUGCCGAUAACCAAGUGAUAGUGUGGAACAUUCCCCAGCAGAGGGCACUGGAUAAAAUUACAACAAAGACGACACCUAAUUCUGUUGGCUGGUGCCUUCAUGAGAGAGACUGUGUGUCAUUUGUGUGUGGACGCGGCCCACUCUGUAUGUGGAAUUAUGGAACAGGUGGCGGAUUGACUUUUCAUAAAGAAGCUCAGAACUUCUUGUCAGAUAUUUGCCAGUUCCGUUGGCAUCAUAAAAAGCUAGGAAAACUUGCAUUUGGUCACACUGAUGGAAGCUUAUCAUUAUUUAACCCAGGUCAGAAAAGUCAGAAACAUGUGCUACGUCCUGAGACUUUAGAAGGAACAGAUGAAGAGGACCCUGUAUCUGACCUAGACUGGGACCCUCUCUCCAGCGAGUACCUUCUUGUGUCAAACACCCACUUUGGUGUGCGGCUAAUAGACACUGAUUCAUUAUCAAUUAUUAUGUGUUUUCAACUACCAAGUGCAGCAGCUCAAGUACAUAGUAUUGCAUGGAUUCCUAGUGCCCCGGGCAUGUUUCUGACUGGAGAUUCCCAUGUUGGAGUUAUGCGAAUGUGGAAUGUUUCCAAGGCCAGCCCUAUUGAAAACAUCAAGUUGAAGAAGAUGGGCUUUCAUGCCCUCCAUGUAUUCAGUACAGCCCCGCAACCUGGCAACAACAAUAACAAAAUGGCCACCUCGCAGGGGGUGUCCUCGACAAGUUAUACAAUUGCUCCAACAAUGUCACAAACAAAUAGGUUUGCUCUGCCCCCUGCUCAUGCUGUCUGUACAUUCUUAGAUGGAGGGGUUGGCUUAUAUGAUCUAGGGAAACGCAAAUGGAACUUCCUUAGAUCUGAGGGACAUGUGGAGACUAUAUUUGAUUGCAAGUUCAAGCCAGACAACCCAGAUCUAUUGGCAACAGCAAGUUUUGAUGGAACAGUGAAAGUUUGGGACAUCACAGAUAUGACAGCUGUAGAAACGUCUCCUGGUAAUGAGGGUGUAAUAUAUUCAAUCACCUGGGCCCCUGGGGACAUCAACUGUAUCGCAGGCUCAACAUCACGGCAAGGUGCCUUUAUUUGGGACAUCGACAAAGGAAAAAUUGUCAAACGAUUUACAGAGCAUGGAAAGCAUAGUGUUUACUCUGUUGCUUGGUGUCCCAAGGACUCCCGUAGGAUUGCAACCUGUGGGGCAGAUGGUCAUUGUAUAAUACGCCAGGUAGAUGGCAAGAUACUUCAGAAGUACAAGCACCCAGCUGCAGUGUUUGGUUGUGACUGGAGCCCUCAUAACAAGGACAUGAUAGCCACUGGAUGCGAAGACAAAACAGUCAGAGUAUAUUAUCUACCAACCAAUUCAGAACAACCACUGAAAAUAUUUGCUGGUCACUCUGCCAAAGUGUUCCAUGUUCGCUGGUCUCCAUUGAGGGAAGGCAUUCUAUGCAGUGGAUCAGAUGAUGGUGGGAUACGCAUCUGGGAUUACACUCAAGAUGCCUGCAUAAACUUCCUUGAAGGUCACAAAGCUCCAGUUCGGGGUCUUCUAUGGAGCUCUGAGAUUCCAUACUUACUGAUAUCAGGCAGUUGGGACUAUACUAUACGCAUCUGGGACAUCAGAGAUGGUGCAUGUAUAGACACAGUUCUGGACCAUGGGGCUGAUGUAUAUGGUUUAGCAUGUCACCCAUCAAGGCCAUUUAUCCUAGCUUCCUGUUCACGUGACUCUACCUUAAGAAUCUGGUCCCUCACCCCCCUAGUGGAACCCCUACAGAUGAAUAUUCUAGCCAAACGGCCUUGGUCUGAGAUUAUUGGAACUGCUGAAAAUGCCACAUCAGGGGUAUCUCCUUUGCUCACUGGGAAGGUGUCUAAAGAUCUGAGGGCACAACUAGAGAAGCUUCAAGAACCAGAGUUAUAUUGUAAAACGCUGAAACUUUUCUCAAACUUUUUCACUCACCCAGGUGGUUCUCAGAAUCUCUGGGAGUUAGUAGGGGUCAUAAAUGGCAAGGCUGACUGCUACUUAUCCAGUAACUAUAGUAAAGGAAUUAUGCACUCCAAGCAUCUCACUAAGUACAAGGCUUCAGCUGCUCAGGAGCUUGAGAUGGUGAAGAUGUCAAGGUCAUCUGGUAUAGGAGCACCUAAGAAAGAAGACCAACUCAGGGAGGCGGCUAACAUGCAUAUAAGAUUGGGCAAUAUACAGAGAUACUGUGAACUGAUGGUUGACCUUGGAGAGUGGGAGCGAGCUAUGGCAGUAGCACCAGGGGUCUCUUUGGACUAUUGGAAAUCUCUAGCUGAUAGGCAUGCCGACUUCCUCAUGGAGCAGGAGAAUGAAUUAGCAAUACCUUUUUGCAUAGCAACAGGAAGUGCCAAAAAAUGUGUUGAUUUCUUGACCUCUCAAGGUCACCUACAGGAAGCCAUGUUGGUUGCUGAGGCAACGAUAGAGGGAUCAAUCAAUCCACCAUCAAAACCUUCCAAGAAGCCACCAUUAAACUGUAAUGGAGGAGAAACUCCCAAUGAAGAUGAUUUAAGCAUGCUACAUAACACUGCUGACACCCUGGCUGAUUGGUAUUUCCGCAAUGGAUCUCCCAUUCUGGCUGCCUGCUGCCACCUAUCUGUGGAUCACUGCCAGAAAGCCAUGUCAAAACUUAUUCGUGGUAAUGAAUUAGAGCUGGCUGUGUCCAUUGGCAGGGUUCUUAAGAACCAGGAUGUGGGAGCUCUAACUAAUGUUGCUACGGAGUACCUUGUUCGACGGUGUGAAAAUAUAGGAAAAUGGUACAGCGUAAUAGAUGGCAGGGAACUUGCAGUCGAUCUAUUAAAAGACACAGAUGACAGUGAGCGCCACCUGGUGAGGCUUUGUGCAAGUUGUGCAGCAAGUCAGUCAGAAAUAGAUGACCUACAUUCGAAGGCUGGCCUUCCCAGCAUGCAAAAGUGCCUGAAAAAAGCAGAGACCUUGCUGUCCCAGAGUUCACCUGAGGAUUGCGUUAAAUACUACAUUCUCUCUACUCAACCAGAGAAAGCCUUAGAUGUUGGUUUGGAACACAUUAAAGGCCAGAUGCAGAGGUCAGUGUGGAAAGUUGCAGAUGUGUAUCCAGUACUACAGCUGCUUGGUUAUAUAAUGACUGAAAAACUACAGCAACAAAAAUGUGCAAAAUAUUGUGGGGAGUUGCUUGCCCUGAGUGCCUAUGUUGGGGCCCUGGUGGCUAUUGGUCGGGGCUAUGACACUAUUGUGGUACCCCUCUUUGAACACACUAGGUAUUUAUUAAAGAGCAGGCAACCGAAUAUUCCUCUAAGUGAGCAACAGCUUGACCUUGAUCUUGCAGCAUGGAGGUCACAAGGUGAACAAGAUAGGGAUACUUUAGGGACUACUUAUGGGAGUGCAUGCGAGCACUACAAGGUACUGAGAGAGAGAAUUGGAGUGGAGCCAUACCCUGUUGAGAGGGGGGUUGAUGUUGCUGCAGGUUCAGCUAUGCCAAGUCACUCUGAUGUACAUAUGUCUGUGUUAAAUGGCAGGCGAAUCCAGGGCCUUGCCUUUUUCCUUGAAGAUGGAAGAUCAGCUGUUUCAAUUUCUGAUGCAAUUAUGUGGUCAAAGGUUAACCCUUUCUCUCCCCUUGCAACUGGAGCCAGGAUUAACCCUUUCUGAGAGAUAUGCAUGAUGCUUAACUCUUAAUCUCUCCACAUGGAGCAUGGGACUAAUCAUGGGAACUAAUUUGAUGUGCAAAAAUAUGACCUUUAUCAUUGUACCAGGAUCACAUAACUGACAGCUCUUGGAAACAGAUAAAUGAAUUUAGAUGCUGCAAUUUACUCUUCAUCAUGCAUCACAACAGGGGAAACAUUUCUGAAUCAAGUUAAACAGUGAAAGAUAUUGCAAUCACUCCUGGGUUGACCAUGAGAUGGUAAAUAUCAAAAAUCUGUGAUUGGAGGAAAAAGACCAAGAUCACAUUGAUGAUUGCUACAAUAGGAUGGGCAGACUGGAGAAACAUGACAGAUCUCAUAUUAGAUGAAAAUUCAUGUUAUACUGUACAUCUCUGGGAUUUGAUAUGGAAUAUUUGAAUUACAUAUCUGAUAUUCUUAUAUGGGAAAAUUAUUUUAGAUCUGACAUUGUAUUAGAAUUAUUGUAGGUAUAACCAACUUUUUCAUUGAGUAACAUACAUAUCAGAGAAACAUUUAGAUUGGAUCUGAUAAAGAGCAAGUUGUAUAACAUGUCUGACAUUAAAAAACUCUAUUAGAUCUGAGACAGAUUUAACAUAAUAUAUGGUACUGAGCCAAACUGUAUCCUGAAUCUAUUUUAAAAGAGUCAUAUCAUUAAUAGGAAUUGAAACUCAAUCCUUGUUGGAGGAGAAACAUAACUUUAUUGCUUCUGCCAUUUUUUCAUAUAGUCAGUAAGACAUAUCACAAUGUUAAUUUUGUCACUAUACAAUCUUACUUUUACAAAUCAGAAUGACCUGUAACUAUCUUAAAAGUAAGUUUUUAUUUUAGGCAAAUGAUGUUAAUGAUCAUUUUCAUAAGAAUUUUGGAAGCUCCUUUUGGUGCUCAUUAAAAUCAUUGUUGAGGUACAACUUCUCAGCCUGCGAACAGUACAGCUUUUGGAUAUACAUGAACUGGUUCAUUAUAGGAAGCUUUAUAAAGUAAGGGAUCCUUUAUAUGCAGAUGCAUGUUUAAUUAACAUAUUUUAAGCUUAAUGAAAAAACAACAUUCCAUAUGAUUUAUUUUUUGAGAGUUUGGUAACAG